UCAGUCGACUCGUAUUAUUUGAAUGUGGCGGGAGUGUUCACGGUGAAUUUUCAAUUCAAAUUUUUCUCCAAUCGUUUUCUGUUUUACGUGAUUUUUUCGAUUCCCGUAUUUUUCGAUCGAAUUAAAUUUGAAUAAAUUAUAAGAUAAAAAAGUAUUUUGCGCUAAACUAUUAAAAAGGUUAUAUUUUUUGUAUGAAUUUAUUGUUCUUGAGAAAUAAUUUAUCAAUCAAAACAAUUUGAUUCGGUUUAAAUGAAUCUUAAGUGAAAAAUUGCCUUUGAGCCAGUUUCAUAUCAAUCAAUCAAUUUAUUGUGAAUGAAACGAAACGAACCUACAAUUUAACGGUGUACUAUUUUUAUUUUGUUUGUUAUCACAGUGAAUUUAUUUUAUUUUUGUUUGUUGAAAGUGCGAAUUGAAUUGAAUUGAGUGGUGAAAAAUAAAAGUGAAUAAAAACGGGAGCAUGCUUCUUCGUUCGUCGUCGUGGGGAGGCUAUUGCUAAAUUUUUAUUAAAUAAUGAGCAUAACGCUGUCAUUGCCGCAACGAUAUAAGCGCAUUCUUCAAGCAAUGACACUCGCUGUGGUAAUCGUCUAUAGCACUUUGGUGCUGUAUCAAACUGCCUACGGAUAUCCUGGUCCUGGCAUUCAGCUGUCAUCACAAGAACUUCGAUUAGAGAGUUCACACAGUCAUUAUGCACAUGAUGCACCUAGAAGCAGUGAAUCUAACUCAAUAUCUUCAUCAUCAGCUGAAUUAAGUAAAUCAUCGUUGUCGUCUUCCUUAGUUCGAUCAGGCUCCGCGGCGGCCGCGGUGGCGGCACAAUAUGAUCUUCAAACAGUUCAACCACAACAACCAGAAUCCGAAUCAGACCAGGACCAGGACCAAGACCAAGACCAAGAACCUCGACAUAACAUGCAACUAAAAUUGCUCCAAUUUCAACCUUCUGCAUCAGCGUCAUCAACAUCACGACAACAAAAACAACGACAACAAUCUCCACCAUCAAUUGCACCAGCACCAGCACCAAUUCCCCCUCAACCGCCCUAUAAUCUAGCAAACCAACAACAAACAACUGUGAUCAUUCGCAAGGAUAUACUUAGCUUCAAUUUCUCCGACAUCGAAGUGUCGGAGCGUCCAUCGAUUUUAGAUGAUAUUGAACGUCGAGGUCGUAACGGUGAACUGUUGCACGAUUUAAGCCAACGUGCAGUUACUGCAACACCAAAACCACCGAUCACCGAACUCGAUGACAUUUUCAUUAGUGUGAAGACGACAAAAAAUUAUCACGACACUCGAUUGGCGUUGAUUAUCAAAACGUGGUUUCAAUUAGCACGGGAUCAGACAUGGUUCUUCACUGACACUGAUGAUGCAUACUACCAGGAGAAGACAAAAGGACAUCUCAUCAACACAAAUUGCUCGAUUGGACAUUUUCGUAAAGCGCUUUGCUGCAAGAUGUCAGCAGAAUUGGAUGUGUUCCUGGAAAGUGGCAAGAAAUGGUUUUGUCAUUUCGACGAUGAUAACUACGUUAAUGUUCCUCGACUCGUUCGACUUUUGGAUGAAUAUAGCCCAUCAGUGGAUUGGUAUUUGGGUAAACCGAGUAUUUCGUCACCAUUGGAAAUUCAUUUGGAUAAUAAAAACUCCUCCUUACCGACGAACAAGAAGAUCACAUUUUGGUUUGCAACUGGCGGAGCUGGCUUCUGUCUGAGCAGAGCGCUCACAUUAAAAAUGCUACCGAUCGCCGGUGGCGGGAAGUUCAUUAGCAUUGGGGAUAAGAUACGAUUCCCCGACGACGUUACAAUGGGAUUUAUUAUCGAACACCUGCUUAAAGUCCCCCUCACAGUUGUGGACAAUUUCCAUUCGCAUUUGGAACCAAUGGAGUUUAUCAGACAAGAUACUUUUCAUGAUCAGGUGUCGUUUAGUUAUGCCCGGAUGAAGAACGAGUGGAAUGUUGUCAAGGUCGACGGGUUCGAUCUGAAAACCGAUCCAAAACGAUUUUACUCGUUGCAUUGUAAUUUGUUUCCAUAUUUUAGUUUCUGUCGUCCAAGGUGAUUAAGUUUUGAAUUAAAGUAGAUUUUAUUUUUGGGAUUCAAAAUUUUGUGGGUUGAACAUUGUAUUUUUUUAAGGAUGAUCUUUAAAAAAUCAAAACAUACACAAUUUAUUCUUUUUUUUUGAUAAACUUAUUUUCUUUUGGUGCAGAAUUCUUUUUAUUUUUUAAAAAAUUCAACCCACAUUGUUUCUAAUUUUUGUUUUGUUUAAUUUCUGGGUGCAACUUUAUUUAUUUCCUAAUUUCUUAUUGUAUUUGAAAAUGUAUUAUAAAAUGUCACAUUAGUUUAAAACAAAAAAAAC